AUGACAUUGGUUAUCGAUACGAGUCGUCAAACUUCUCGCUUUUCUCGUACUGCCGUGGAUCGCAACGACGGGCAAACGCCAAGUACUUCCAGCGCCACCCCUACCACUUCCUGGUCAACGAGCACCUGCAAUACUACCCCUUCAACUGGUCUGACGACCGUCUUCAAUCAAGACCGCUUCCUUUGUACGCACCCAUCAGCUGCUUCAGGUGCAAGCUCGAGCACAAGCCCGCAUUGCCUCAUUUCCACGAUCGACGAGUACCUUGCCGACCUGCGCUUCGACUUUCCCACUGCCAAAGCCUCAGCGAGACCUUUGCGACAUCGCGCUUCUCUGACACUCGAAGUAGACGCAACAAGACGCUUUUCAGUGGAACACGCACUUGCUUCGUCUCCAGAUGCUAUGUGGGGCUCCCAUAUGGCCACUCCGCCACCUUUAGCCUGUGGCAAGACUCGGACGCCGGAUUUGCCGGUUCUCGAACACGUCGAUCACUCUGAAAGCGUAAUUGCGUCUCCAGACUUCUAUCGCUGUUUCAAAAGUCAUGGUCGAGGCAUGGUCAUAGAGGAUGCUGCAGCAUUUCCGUACAGCCCAUGUCGCGAGAGUGUGUUCGUAGAUACAAGGCGUGCCAGUAGCAGCAGUGGUUUUGCGAGGUCUGACCAAGAUGCCUGCAGACGUCGCACUAGUAUGCUAGAGGUCAGCGUCGAUCGAGAAUCGGUAGAGAAGGAUGUGGAGCGUAAUGACGGUCGCGAACCAUUGACAAGUUCACCGACAAAAGCAAGUCUACCAAGCAUUCGAUUUCAAGCAGCAGCCGAGACGGGGUACGUAGUUUCCUACGAUAGUGGCGCCGUGGACGGAUCGGCAUCAACGUCUUUGUCGGAAAGCGCUGGAUCGUCUGUCACGUACUUCGGACAUGAAGAGAAGCGCGUCACUGCUGACGACACGACGAUGUUUCAUCGCUCCGAAGUCUCGAGUGCAUCGACCGACAUCAUAGCCUCAGAGACAGCUUCCGCAUCGCCACCUACCAGCACAGCGUCGAUCCAAGCACAGGGUCCAUCACCUCGACCGGCGAGUCUCGAAUCGGUAACCUCACCCGCAUCACUACCCAUCCACAAACCAUCACGUUGCCACCAGCCGCCGCUCCUAGUACCGCCGAUUCGAGCCGAGCGACCCGGCCUAUCACGUUCGGCUUCGGCAGGAAAUCUGUCGCCAACGUCACGGAAUCCGGUCUCUACAAAGUUUGCAGCUGCUCCGAUAUCACCACGCGCGACGAGGCCCCAUCUGAUUCCGGUGAAAAGGGAUCCGAAAACCGGCGCUUUUACAGCGGUGCUAGAUGCAAAGUUGACGCGAACGUUGACCACCUCGCCGCCGCCUACUAGGCCAAAGACAGCGGAAACAUCACCAACGAGCACCGAGAUCGUCAAGGGCGUACGAAAGAUGAACAAGCUCAAGAAGCUGUUGGGAGACGAAGUGGGUUCGCACAUCUCGAACAACAGCGUUGGCACGGGACCCAGCAUGACAUGUCCACCAAGAGUGUUGGCACUGGAUCUGCGAUCCGACUCAGGAGGUGUCAAGAAUACAAUGAAGCCGCUUCCGGAUCUUCCGCCUCGACGCGUGCUGCAGCGAAGCAAUACGAUGAACGUUUUCAGCCAGCCCUCGAGCAGCAUAUUUGCCCUGGGGUCGCUCAAGUCACGCGACAAACAUGGCUGGCUGACGGCCACGGACAGCAAAAGAGACAGACCAUCGACAGGGACAGAUGCAGCACGACGCGCACCUCGAAUGACAAGGACAAUGCCAAAUGAUCGACCGAGUACGUCGGCUUCGAUGCAGACGAGAGCGUAUGCGACUGACGCGGACUUCUUGGAGAGGUGA